AAGAAAUGGCAAAGUCCCAAGGGCGUCACAGUACAAAUAUUUGGGAAGCCCUGGCCUAGGUCAUAUAGUGGUCGCUUGCCACGGUGAUCGGAUCGGUACUACACCACAAGUUUUCAAUAAUUACGCUGCUUAUCAGUUACAUUCAAAUUUACGUAACCAGCAGCAAAUUACGUUUCCCCGUAUCGCAUGCUCAUAAAAAACCCAUAUUUAAUCAUGUCAAAAAAUAAAAACAGAUUACAAUACCAGCAUUGUUGGCAAACAAUGAGAAGCGAGACGUAAGAACUAUUGUUCCUUAGCGCAACAGACGACUAAGCAAAUUUAAAUGGACUCGCGAAAAAAGUGCUAAACAUUCGUAAUUCGCUAUACAUUAUAUUAUUAAAUGUGCUAUAUAAAUAAAUGGGUCAUAAUAUGUGCUAUAGUGUUCAGGAAUGACUGGUUUAAUGCAUAACUUGUGUUUGUUUAUAAUCACAUUUGCAAUUAAGAUUUCAAGUGCCAGAAAAUUUGAAUGCGGUGAGCACGGAAGAUUUGAAUAUUGCAUCGACGAGAUCCCAGGCUGCGUCGUUGGAUGCGACUGUGAUCCUGGAUAUUAUUUUGAUGCGGACUCGAAAAUAUGCGAGCCGAAUUCCAAAUUAUGGUCCCGCCGUCGACAUUCUAGCUCGGACAGGAAAAGAAAACAAAAAUACAAAAAAUCUAAGCAGUCGAGGCACGUCCGCGAUUCAGAAGAAUUUGUAGAAGGUUUUGCGAAAGUUGCAGAUCAUGCGAGUGAGUUAUCGGACUGGAUAUCUAACACAUUUUUUUCUGAAAUUGAAAAACAAGCUGAAAAGCAAUCGAAAACAAAAUGUGUGACCAAAAACCCAGAAAAACAAAGAAAGAGAACCCAUAGAGUACAAAAAAGUAGACCAAAAGUAAAACAUACUAAUAAUAGGAGAAUAUAUUUAAAAGCGACGUCUGCAGAAAGGCGACCUAUCAGGCGUUCCGGAGAUGGAAAAGUUAAUGAAAGUAAAAAUAUAGAUACAAGUAUGGAAAGGGAGGUAGGUGAAGAAAAUAGCACAAGUGAAGAAUAUGGCGGGGAAAAUGCUUCGGAUAAAGAAAUCGGUCCCGGAGACGGUGAAGAAACUGAUGAAGACAGUGAAUCGGAAGACCAAGAUCACGAAAAACAUGAUCAUCGGCAUGUUUUGGUGGUAAAGAAACCAAAACCAAAAAGGGCACAUCCUAUACCAGCCAUGCCCGUUAUGCCGUCGUUUAUUUUCUUGCCUAGCUUGGAUACACCGUUCUACCCACCCGCGCCGUUAGGCUUGCCCGCACCUCCAGUAGUGGAGAUGUAUCCGUCAGUCCCCGUACCUCCCGUACCGCCAGUUUAUCCUGUUCCAGACCCACAGGCAUACACCAUAUGUGUAGCACCUAUAAAGAAAACGACAAUAAAACCAAAAACACACAAGAAAAUCCGAGAAACAACUACUCAACCGGCUACAACAAUGACAUUAGAAGAAGUACCCACAACGAAAACAACAUUAGCGCCAAUUGAAACCACGUCACUAUCAACUACAAUGGAAACCAAAUCUACAACACAAUCAACCUCGACAUCAGAAAAAUUAUCAACAGAAACAAAAUUAGAUUCUACUACAAUAUCAACAUUACAAACUACAAUAACUACCACACCCUUAAAUACUUCAACGACAUUUACAACAGAAGCAGUAAAUGGCAGUAAGUCCAAGAGAGCUCAUGACAUGAACGAGGACUACGAAUAUCUUGAAGAUCAUAAUUCUUCACAAUUGUCUAAUAGAAGAAAAGGAUUUAACAAUCAGCGAAUGAAAACGAUACGACUCAAUGAUCGCAUAUUGAAAAAUAGUGACUACAAAGAUAAUUCACUAAGAUGGGCUCAUAACAAUUCCAAGGAAUUAUUAAUACUAAACGUUAUUAAUGUUCCGUCACACGCUUUGAAAUCUGCAUUAUAUCAGAAAUUAAAUGAUAAAAGUAUGCCAGAAAUAAACAAUACUAACAACAAAUAUAUUUCUGAUCAUAUUCACAGACUAGAAUUUAAUGAUCACAUAAAAUAUUUAGACUUCCAUCCUCAGAAAAAUAGAAAUGAAUAUAGCACUGAUCCUGCUCAAUUUCACGAAAAAGGUGAUGAUUUUAUCAACGACCCUCAAAAUGUACACUACACAAACUUAGAAAAGCAAAUAGUAUCUUCAGUUCUGUCAGAAACAAAUAUCAUAUCACGAACGACUCCCUCCAACAAUGCUGAUUACCUGAAAAAGAAUAAAGAUUUACUUUUGAAUUUAGAAAAUCAAGUUAUAGGAAAUACACUAGAGGGAAGACACAAUGUAGCUGAAACGUUGCAAGAAAACAACAUGACUCCCAAUAUUGUAAAUGCUUUAAAUAACAAAAAUGUAUAUCAGCGUCAAGAACUAAGAUAUAAUAUAAACAAUAUUAUACCACAUGAGCGUAUAGUUGAUAAACAUAAUAUUAGAAACAGAGAGGAUAGCAUAAAUAAAAUUCCAUUUUGGGAUACGUCAAAUGUUGAACUAUACAAGUUAUACAAAAAUAAUCAAGUAAUAAAUGCAAAGGACCCGAAGCCAAAGCAGUUUCUUCGACAUCAGCAGUUCAAUUCAAAAGGUACAAAGAAUGCAGUUAUUUUGAACCAGAGUCCUUUGGUUAUGCACACUUUAGCGGGAACAACUAGGCAACCAGAACGAUCGUACAUAGGACGGACAUUUUUCUCAGGUGACAUAAUGUAGAUAACUCUGCUAAACUCUGGAAAGUAUUUGGCGAAGAAAAACCUUUAUACAAGAAUAGUUACACCAUCAAAUGCCAUCAAUGUUAUUAUCAGAACGGACAUGAACAUCUCGAGCACACUUUACCUCGGCAUGUAUUCAUAAAAGUUAUUAUUUACAUCACG